AAUGAGUUAAUAAUAAUAAUCAUCGAAUCAAUAUGCAUAUAAUCAAGAAUUAUAUGAGUAUCACCAAAAGUAAUUGGAUACUAUAAAAAAUGAAAUAGAGGCAUAAGAUCCAUUUAUUAUUACUUAACCAAUAGAAUUACAAAUACUAGAAUCAGAAUAUUUAGAAAAUUAAGGUUUUCUAUAAAAGAUUUAAGUAAGUUAAAAUGUUGAAUUUGUAGAAAAUCCGUGAAUCUUAUCCAUUUUUCAGAAGAGUAAGAAGAGAUGGUAGUUGUUUCUAUAGAGCGGUUCUGUUUAGAAUUUUUGAAUAAAUUAUUUAAUUAAAAGAUUAGCAACUAUUAAAUAAGUUCAGCACUAUUAUAACUAAUUCAAAGACAGAUUUAAAAGCUGUAGGAUAUGAAUCAAUUGUUAUUGAUGAUUUUUAUGAUGUAAAUUUGCAAAAGUAUUUAUGUAGGAAAUAAUGAAAUAAAUUAAACUAUGUCCUAACAAUAUUACUAUAUAAGGAAUAGUUGAUGCUUUCUGUAAUAAAAUUACAUCAGAUUAUCUUAUUAUGUAUAUGAGAAUGUUGACAUCUGGAUAUAUCAAAGCAAAUUCAUUUUUAUUUGAAGGAUAUAUAGAAACUGGAACUGUUGAAUUAUUUUGUUAAUAAGAAGUGGAUCCUAUUGAUAGAGAAGCAGAUUAAGUAAGAAAAUCUAUAUAAUUUAUAGAUGUAAAUUAUAGCAUUGCAAAAUUAUUUAUAAAUUCCUAUCAGAAUUUUUUAUUUAGAUGGUAAUGUAGCCACCUUUGAUGCUACUAUUUUCUAAAUUCCAGAAGAUGCAAAUCCAAAUUCUAUUUUCAUUAAUUUAUUGUAUAGACCUGGACAUUAUGAUAUCCUUUAUCCAAAAUGAUGAAG